GCCAGCAGAGCUGGCCAAGCUGAGCCGGGCGGGGAUGCACGGCAACCCCAAGCCCCUCCCCUCUCAGCUCGGUAAUCAUGGCUUCUGACUCCACCAAGGAGCUUUCUGUGCAAACUUUCCCAGACUGCAGAGCGAGGAGAGAAGGCUGAGAGCCCAGCUCCCCAGCUCCCUCUACGAAGUUGCCCGGGCACCUAAGUGCGGAAGUAACCCUAAUGACCGAAGGCAAAAGCCGCGCUCCGUGGCCCUCCUAGCUCACGUUCUGGAGAGCCCGCGCCAGGACCAGCCCCGCCCUGCGCCGGCUACCAACUCUGCCCACGGAAUCUACAGCUAUGCCGGAGGGCGCGCGCCAAGAGCCGAUGCGCAGCAGUUUUCUCAGCCCAGGAAUUUCGAGCCUGGAAACUAAGCGGGGAUUAAUCUGGGUUUGACCCUUUUUGACUUGAGGCUAAUUUGCAGCUCUCCCCCAGGGGUCUGGGGGGUACAAAAUAACCCACCAAAAACAGAUCCCUGGAACUGAGCCCAGUGCUUGGCUGAGGGGCAGGCAAGGUGCCUGCCUUCUCAGCUACAAAGGGCUCUGGAUUUGUACAGCUGCUGCUACUGGACUAUUUGCAAUCAUCCCUGGAGGGCUCCACUUAUCUGGCCACCCCGCCCCAGGCCCGAAGCUUGGCCCCACACAAAACGAGUAACCUUGAAGGAGUCCAAAAAGAAUGUGAUAGCUCAUGGCAAGGUGCCAGAAUGCUAUGAGGUAGGGCCCUUGUCCCUGCAGAAGAUGGCUGCAGAACUUUACUCUACCAGUGCUAAUACCAACAUCACAAACAGUAAUUCCACUACCACUGCCACCACAGUCACUGCAGCCAAUACCAAAAACAGCACCCUUCAUCUUCAUCAAACUUCCCAAUCUCCACCACCAGCACAAGUGCAAAACCUUAACAACAACUUCGAGAGUACCAACUGGCAGUCUUUCUACCCCACUCUUCGAGAGAGGAAUGCAAUGAUGUUCAAUAAUGAACUCAUGGCUGAUGUACACUUUAUCAUUGGCCCUCUGGAGGCAUCAAAGCGAGUUCCUGCUCAUAAGUAUGUGCUGGCAGUUGGCAGCUCUGUCUUCUAUGCCAUGUUUUACGGUGAUCUUGCAGAAGUGAAAUCUGAAAUCCAUAUACCUGAUGUGGAGCCUGCAGCUUUUCUUAUCCUGUUAAAGUACAUGUAUAGUGAUGAAAUUGACCUGGAAGCUGACACAGUGCUUGCAACUCUCUACGCUGCCAAGAAGUACAUUGUUCCAGCUUUAGCAAAAGCUUGUGUCCAUUUUCUAGAGACUAGUUUAGAAGCAAAAAAUGCUUGUGUUUUGCUUUCCCAGAGCAGACUUUUUGAGGAACCAGAACUGACCCAGCGUUGCUGGGAAGUGAUUGAUGCUCAAGCAGAGAUGGCAUUAAAGUCAGAGGGCUUUUGUGAAAUAGAUCAACAAACAUUAGAAAUUAUCCUGAACAGGGAAUCACUAAACACCAAGGAGGUGGUUAUCUUUGAAGCUGUGCUGAACUGGGCAGAAGCUGAAUGCAAAAGAGAAGGUUUGCCAAUUACACCAAGAAAUAAAAGGAAAGUAUUGGGAAGAGUUUUAUUUUUAGUACGAAUUCCGACUAUGACACUGGAAGAGUUUGCCAAUGGUGCUGCUCAGUCAGAUAUUCUAACCCUGGAAGAGACACGAAGCAUAUUCCUCUGGUACACAGCUACCAAGAAACCACAGUUGGAGUUUCCACUGACAAAAAGGAAAGGCCUUGCUCCUCAGAGAUGCCACCGAUUUCAGUCAUCUGCAUAUCGGAGCAACCAGUGGAGGUACCGUGGACGAUGUGACAGCAUCCAGUUUGCAGUAGAUAAGAGGAUAUUUAUUGCAGGACUUGGAUUAUAUGGAUCAAGCUGUGGGAAAGCUGAGUACAGUGUGAAAAUUGAACUUAAACGGUUAAAUGUUGUUCUUGCUCAUAAUCUAACCAAGUUCCUCUCAGAUGGAUCUAGUAAUACAUUUUCAGUCUGGUUUGAACAUCCAGUUCAAAUUGAACAAGACACAUUUUACAAUGUUAGUGCCAUCUUGGAUGGUAAUGAACUUAGUUAUUUUGGACAGGAAGGAAUGACUGAAGUUCAGUGUGGAAAAGUGACAUUUCAAUUCCAGUGCUCCUCAGACAGUACCAAUGGCACUGGGGUGCAAGGAGGACAGAUUCCAGAGCUUAUUUUCUAUGCGUGAGACAGUUUAUGAGGAUUGUGUUCCAAUACUGCUAUGCACAUGAAAGGGAUUUAUUCAAAACUAGAAAAUUCUACAGCUGUUUCAUGUUCAGCUAUUACAUUACUCUUAAAAUAGCAGCCUCUCAGACCAAGUGAAAGAAUGCUCUUGGAUUUAAUCCUAUUUUAUUUAUUCUAUAUGUAGACUAACUUGCAGAUUAUUGCUGACCUUGAAAAAAUGUUCUAAAAUAGAGCUGUUUAUGAACCUGUGAAAUAUAAAACAUUUUUCUUUAUCCUAAAACUUUGUACAUGCAUUCAUUUUUUUAAAAUUCCUUUUUGGUUCAUGUCUUCCUAAUUCCAUAGCAUACAAAUCAACAAAUUCAAAUAAACCACUGGACUAAAUGGCUCCUAGGGUCCCUUCUAGCUCUAUCAAUUACCUAUGCAGAUGUUAUAUCUCACACACACACACACACACACACACACAGAUACAAAAUCCUGCCCAAUCAUCAGACUUUCAUUUCUAAUCUGAAAGAUUCUGCUUUGAUUUUCCAAGUUGGGUUGCUUUGAGUUAAAAGAAUGUAGAAGAAAAUGACAAACUUUUAUUACAAUGAUAAUCCCAGGUUCAUUUGCUGAUAUCACUGAGCUUUCUUCUAAAGAAGAACAAGGCUAUGGAAACUGGUAGAACUAAUAUAUUAGAAUUCAGUGGUAUCCAUUUGAACAGUGACAUAGGAAGUAUUAGUGUGAGCCAACCCAAGUAAUCAUCCAGUCAGUAUCUGACAAUAAAUUACAUUAAGAAAUGGUUGUGGGAAAGUAUGCUUGUGGUAUCUCAACCUCAAAAGGCAAAGGAUGUCCCCCAAACAGUCUUGUUUCUCUUACUGAGCUAAUAGGGAUCUAUGGUCAUUGAUCUAAAAACACCUUAUUUUGAAUGACAUAAUUUAGAACAUAAACUAAAAGUCUCAAUGAGAACUUGGUUUUAUAUAGUUUAGUACUUUAGAGCUAUCGGGAAAGUAAUAUUUUAAAAAAUAUAAUUUAAUAACACUAAAUUCUUAUAUUUGUUUUGAAAAUCCAUUGUUUAAAAUUAUAAGGAACAAAUUUGGCCCAAAGAAAAGAUAUAAACUCCUUUGCGAAGAUGAGACCCACGUGUGGAGCAUUCCACAUAUUGUCAGAUUUUUUUCAAUGUAUUGUUCAGUUUUGUUGACUUUUUUCCUCUCCUUUUUCUUUUCUCUUUACAAAAAAAAAUCGUUGUUUACAUGGAAUGGCAGAUUUUCUGAGAGGGGGAGGAUACAGGCUACAUAAAAACAAGAUUUCAAUUAAAAUGUAUUUUUUUAAAAAGUAAAUUUAUUGUAUAUAAUAAAAUUCAGUGGCUUUGGGAUAUCAAACCUGAUGGUAGAACUAGAAAUAGGGAAUGGAUCUCAUUAGUAUAGGAUUAGCACCUUCUCUGCAACAUAAUUUUAGAGACUCAAGCAGAGUCAAACACACAUGGACUCCAUGGAGUCCAACCAAAAUCAGAUUAAAAUAUAUUUGGGGACGGCAGCUAGGUGGC